CACACAUGUCAUUAAUUCACAUACAUGCAUACUUGCAUAAAAAUAACAAUCACGCAUGUGAACCAAGAAGGAAACAACUGUUACACCCGUGUGAAUACAUUAAUACAUAUACCAUGCCACGGGCAAAUCGAUCUGGCCAAGCAAACAAAGUGAACCAUCGAACAAAAUUCCUCUGUAAAAAUAUUGCCACUCCCGUUACUGAAAGAUAAGAGAAACAAGAAAGAGAGCACCGUCAGAGACAGCCGGAGAAAUCCCAGGCCGAUGCUUUGAAGUAAGGGGCAUCGUCGGACAAGUUGCACAUCAUCGGCGGAAAACUUGAGUGGCCGGAAAUCCUACGCUACAUCGUCUUCAAAGGAGGGAUUGUGCGCUGGAAUAUUAUUAUGGAGCGCCGGACUGUGUAGACGCCAGUAGGAAAUACGCACUGUCGCCGGAGGAAGAAAGAUCUUUCCAGAAUUGCGGCUGUGUUAGUUUUCUCGCCGCCGGGGUUCUUAUUUGGGUAACUGAGACGCUAAGCUGUGAAGCCGAAGGAAAGAGGAACUGCCGCCUAGAAAGACAUUCAAGACGCGCCGUUCUGCGUCGCCACCUUACUGGAGUGGAGGAGUUGUUGGACCGCUACCGUCGCCACCGGGAGGAAAAGGGUCACUGGCCAUCUGCAGUAGCCGAGGAUCCGUGGAAGCUGCGUUAAGGACUUCCUCUUCCCUGCGUCACUAUCGUCGAAGAGGAUGGCAAACUAAGGUGACUUUGGUGAAGAUCGAGCUAGAGGCUUCGGUUAGGAUUAUCGCGAUUUGAGGAUUGAGGAUCAUGUUGAAGUUGACUUCGAGAGCUUCCGCUAGAACACAUAGACUAAAGUGACUAACAGUUUUACUAACCGAGCGGGCGCUCUUGAAACUAGCAGAGCAAAGCUUUCAAAGCGUUCUUCGCAGAAAGAAGAAUUUUGUUUACAUAGCUGCUUCCCAAUAUCAAUGGUGCUUCAAAUAGACCCAGGCAGAAGAUUAUCAUUCAAUCGCCCCAUCAAAGAUGGAGAUUUGGUUAUUGUGUACGAAAGGCACGACGUGAUGAAAGCUGUGAAGGUUUCCCAGAAUGGGGUGCUCCAGAAUCGAUUCGGGGUGUUCAAGCAUUCGGAUUGGGUCGGGAAACAUUUCGGGUCGAAAGUUUUUAGCUCAAAGAGCGGAUUCGUAUACCUAUUGGCCCCAACGCCGGAACUAUGGACGCUUGUUCUGAGUCACAGAACUCAGAUUCUAUAUAUUGCUGAUAUAAGUUUCGUGGUUAUGUAUUUGGAAGCAGUUCCGGGCUGUUUGGUACUUGAAUCCGGUACAGGAAGCGGGUCUUUGACCACAUCUCUUGCUCGGGCUGUUGCUCCUACAGGGCACGUUUACACAUUUGAUUUCCAUGAACAGAGGGCUGCAUCUGCUAGAGAGGAUUUCGAGAAGACAGGUUUAAAGAGUUUGGUGACAGUAGGGGUAAGAGACAUACAAGGUGAGGGGUUUCCUGAGGAAUUUUGCAAGAGGGCAGAUUCAGUGUUUCUCGAUCUCCCUCAACCUUGGCUUGCCAUAACUUCAGUUGGAAAAAUGUUGAAAGAAGAUGGUGUCUUGUGCUCCUUUUCACCUUGCAUUGAGCAAGUCCAGCGCUCUUGUGAAGCACUCAGUUCUUGUUUCACUGAUAUAAGAACCUUUGAAGUACUCCUCCGCGCUUAUGAAGUUAGGCAAAGAAUGCAGGAGAGGUGCCUAAGUGAGAAUGGUGAUACAGUUGAUCAUCAUCCAUGCAAGAGGAGAAUGGCAUCUGACAUUGUAGACAACUGUUCUGCUUCCUCUCCCACUGUCACAGUGAUGCCUUGUGGUGAGGCAAGAGGUCACACUGGUUAUUUGACAUUUGCCAGACUUAAAUGUGCAGCAUAAAUGGUGUACCUCGACCGGCAGAGACACUACAGUCUAUGUAAAAGGCGCUGAGGCUCUCUGGUUCAUGUUGUAGUUUGACAGUUUUGUAGACAACGGUAGCCUACUAAAUAUUGGGUUUCUUCAUUGACCAACACUUAUGAACCAGAAAAUCCGCCAUGAUAAUUUUAAGGUUAAAGUGAAAACAUUAGAACUUACAGUUUGGGUGAUUAUAUCCCACCCCUAAUUUAAGGGCCUCCUUUUUCAACGCAAUGGAAAUGGUUUGGCAUAUGAGAGUUUCAUGUGUCAUUUUCCCA